AUGUCCAGCCGAUUCGGCAGAAACGACGCGCGCGACGACCUCUUCAGCUCCUACAACCGCAGCACCUCGCCCUCCAAAUCCAAGCAAAAGCCUCGUUCACCCUACGGCGGCUCCGGUGGAUACGGGUACACCUCGCCCUCCACCGACGCCGGCUUCGCUGCAUACCCCAGCGCGUCGAACAGCAGUACUGGCAAUUUGUAUCCCGGUGGGAGUAGCUAUGGCGUAGGGGGAGGCAAUGAGACGUUCCGCUCCGCGACGCCGAAUUCUCGCGGCCAGUACAGUUCGGCGGUGCUGGAUGAGCUGGAGAGCCAGCAUGAUGAUCAGCACGUGGGCAUUUUGACGAGCAAGGUCAAGCAGCUGAAAGAUUUGACACACCUCAUCGGCGACGAAAUCCGCGACUCGACCUCCCUCGCCGAGAAAAUGAACGACCAAUUCGAGAACUCGCGGAAUCGGCUCAAGGGCACCAUGAAUCGCAUGUUGAGGAUGGCGGAGAAGACGGGCGUGGGGUGGAAGGUUUGGUUGGGCUUCUUUGCGGCGGUUAUUUUGCUGUUUUGGUGGGUUUGGUUGAGUUAG